CAAAAUAAAAGAAAAAAAAAACAGUGUCGGUGUUCCGUAAUAAGCCCGCCACGCUCACUAAUCUACCAACCAGAUCUUAUACAACACAAUCUUUACUUAUCUCCCCAGAUCCAGACACCCAUUUCCUUGAUUUCUCUUUUUGAUUCAUUUUCAAGUCUGUCCGGACUACACUUAUCUGCAAUUGCAGGCCUAUUUCGCUGUUUUUUUUUCCUCGAUUACUGCAAUGUGCUUGUUUUGAGCGAGAUCUAGGCCUGAAAGUUUGUAUCUUGGCUAGUUUUGGAGAGACCCAAAUGGGGGACAAGUCAGGGUCGAGGGGCUGGUGGGGGUGGUUAUUGGUGGUCGUGAUAUUGGCUCUGGUGGUGGGAGCCGUUGUGUAUACAAUCAAGAGGAAAAUUAGUCACUCUAAUGGUGGUGCUGCGCCGGUUCCGGGACCUCCAGGAGCUAUUGAUAAGAAGUACUCUGAAGCUCUCAAAAUCGCAAUGCAAUUCUUCGACGUUCAGAAAUCUGGUAAGUUAGUGGAUAAUAAGAUAUCGUGGCGAGGGGAUUCAGCUCUCAAAGAUGGAAGUGAAGCGAAUUUGGAUCUCUCGAAGGGCAUGUAUGAUGCUGGAGAUCACAUGAAGUUUGGUUUCCCAAUGGCAUUUACUGCCACUGUGUUGUCAUGGUCUAUCCUUGAGUAUGGAGAUCAGAUGGAUGCAGUGAAUCAGUUGGAACCCGCAAAGGACUCCCUCAAAUGGAUUACAGAUUACCUUGUAAAUGCUCAUCCAUCAGAGAAUGUGCUCUAUAUUCAGGUUGGUGAUCCUGAAGUAGACCAUAAAUGUUGGAAUAGGCCUGAAGAUAUGACUGAGGAGAGGCCUCUCACACAGGUGAACACUUCUUCUCCAGGGACAGAGGUUGCAGCUGAAACUGCUGCAGCUAUGGCAGCAGCAUCUCUGGUGUUUAAGAAAACUGACUCCACAUAUUCAAGCACCCUGUUGAAGCAUGCUCAGCAACUGUUUUCAUUUGCUGACAAAUUUAGAGCUUCUUACAGUGAAAGCAUCCCUGAUGUUGCCACAUAUUACAACUCAACAGGAUAUGGAGAUGAGCUCUUAUGGGCUGCCAGUUGGCUCUAUCAUGCAACAGGUGACAAAUCAUAUCUUCAAUAUGUGACAGUGAAGAAUGGAAAAGACUUUGCUAAUUGGGGAAGUCCAACCUGGUUUAGUUGGGAUAACAAGCUUGCAGGAACCCAGGUUCUUCUUUCUAGGUUAAGUUUCUUUGGGUCAGAUACAUCAGCCUCAGAGAAUUCUGGUCUUCAAAACUAUAGGAAGACAGCCGAGGCUGUCAUGUGUGGUCUCCUACCAGAUUCCCCGUCAGCCACAUCCAGCAGAACAGGCAGUGGCCUUAUAUGGGUCAGCCAGUGGAAUUCUUUGCAGCAUCCUGUUGCUUCUGCAUUUCUAGCUGUUCUUUAUAGUGAUUAUAUGCUCACAACACGGACUGCAACAAUAUCCUGCAGUGGAGAUAAUUAUAAACCAUCAGACCUUCGCAAAUUUGCCAGAUCACAGGCUGAUUAUGUUUUGGGCAAGAACCCCAUGAAAAUGAGCUUUCUUGUGGGGUACGGUGACAAGUACCCACAAUAUGUGCACCACAGAGGUGCUUCAAUCCCAGUUGAUGCAAGUCCUGGCUGCAGUGAUGGUUUCAAGUGGCUUAAUUCAACUGAUCCCAAUCCUAAUGUAGCUAUAGGAGGAAUGGUAGGCGGUCCAUUCCAGAACGAAACCUACAGUGAUUCCAGGAACAACUCAAUGCAAGGCGAGCCAACCACCUAUAACAGCGCCAUUCUCGUUGGCCUUCUCUCAAGUUUGGUGACCACUUCUUCUGCACUUAAAUCACUUUCCUAAAGUAGCAUUCCAACUACGCAAUUAUUUGUACUGUAGGUAGUUUGUAUUAGUAUGAAUGCUCUUUUUUUCCUUCCAAAAGUUGAUUUUUGCCAUAGUUAUGGUUAUGGACCUUGAUUUUGUUUCAGCUACACUGAUAAACAAAUCUCUGGCUCUCUGCCCAUCUCCUGCAGACGUGCCUACAUUUUCACACAAUAAACAAAAACCGGCACG